AUGUCUACCAAUGCGACGCAUGAAUUUCCCUCUCUAGUGGGUGGUGUUCCACUUCCCGUCGAUUUCGCGCCCUCGAUUCUUUUUGCAUGCCUUUACGCUGUCAUGUUGCCGGUAGUCUUCUGGCGCAUCAUUCAUCCUCGCUCUCGUAGUGCUGCUCUCGCCGGUACCACGUUUUUCAGCAUUGAGCGAGUUGUGGCUUAUGCACUCCGCGCCAAGGCCUCCCACGAUCUCGGAUCUCGAAUGAGCAAGGGCCUCGAGACCUACUUACAAGUGACAUACGCCGGCGGUUUCAUAACCAUCGGCCAAGAUUUGGCCAAUGUGACCCGCUCGCUGCUCGUGGCGUACACACUCGGCGGCGACAUGCUGGCAAAGCACAAGCUUACGCCCCAGAUCCCGAAAUGCGGUAGCAGCUUCGAGAUGCAGGAACCGUUCGCCACACUCCCGGAAGGCCGUUUCGACACUGGAGGCCAGGGGGACCCUGCGAUCACCGACCAUCCGCGGACGCGGUACUGGAUCCGGCAGAUGUCCGGGAUCUGGGCACUCUUGUUCUUAGUGACCAUCAUCCUCAGCGCCAUCGCUGGCGCGGACUACAAGGAGGCCAUAGCCACGGGCGCGGACGCGGCAUUGGUUCGAUGGCUUCGAUAUGUUAGCGCAGGGUUAGCGAUUAUCCUACUACACGGCGUGGGAGGCCUUGCGGUCUGGGCAUACUUCUACAUGCCCCGCGUCCCGCGGAGCUCAGUCGUGUGGAUUGUCCUCGUCGCCAGUCUCCUUUCGGUUGUCGGGAUCUACCGCGUCGAUACGAUGUUCCACAACACGACGUCGCUGACCUCUACUGCGCCCGGCUCGCUAACCUCUAAUCUCUCCAAGGCAGGCUUCUACGUCUUCCACGUCGCGCCGGAAUUCCUCGCAGUCGCAAUCCUUAUGUCGCUCAACACUCGUCGCGUGUUUGCUACGGGCAUGUGGGGCGACUGGCGGAUAAGCGACCCGAAGCCGCAGAACAAUUCCCCAAGCAAUACGUCUUCCACGUCGCGCCUGAAUUCGCUGCCGCAAUUCUUAUGGCGCUUGCCCCUCGUCGGGUUUUUGCUGCGUACAUGUAGGGCGACUCCGUAA